ACUGCUGGACAAGGUACAGACCGAGCCCGAGCUGCAAGAGGAGGGGAAGAGGUUCGUCUUCUCCGUUACCGACCUUCUAGAGCGGUUGUUGGACUACAGAGAGAUCAUGGACAGGGAGGAGCAGCGGGACACCAAGAUGCACUGUACAUUCAACAUCCUGAACUUCUAUAAAGACAGUCGCCGAGAUAUGUACAUCCGUUACAUCUCUCGCUUGUAUGAACUGCAUUAUUCUGCCAGCAACUUUGUGGAAGCCGGCUUGACCCUGCGACUGUAUGCACAGCUGCUGUCAUGGUCCAAGGUUAUGCAGCCGGAGGAGAUGUCCUAUCCACUUCAGACGGAGGCUGAGAGAAAGGAGGAGUUGUUCACUCGGAUCAUGGACUGCUUUGACAGGGGAAAAGCCUGGGAAUACGGUAUUCCACUAUGUAAAGAGCUGGCUGAGUAUUAUGAGAAGACAUUCCAGUACAGGAAGCUUGGGCAGAUCUUGCAAAAACAGGCAUCUUUCUUGAACCAGAUUUUGGAAGGUCAUAAACUACGGCAAGACCCCAGCUACUACAGAGUUGCAUACUAUGGAAACACCUUUCCACCAUAUCUGAAGAACAAAGCAUUUAUUUAUCGUGGAGAUGAAUGUCUGAAACUGGCCACUAUCAUGAGCCAGUUAACGACUGAAUACCCUUCAGCCACCAUUCUCACGACCAACUCGCCGCCCAAUGAAUCUUUGAAACAUGGAGAUGCACAGUAUAUCCAGAUUGUCAGCGUCAAACCUAUCCCUGCUGAACGGCCAGAGUUUGUUGGCAAGGAAGUCCCUAGUGAAAUCUCCUGUUUCUACAACACUAAUGAGGUGGACACAUUCCAGUUUGACAGGCCGUACCACCGGGAAGGCAAGGACCCAAACAAUGAGUUCAAGACUUUGUGUUUGGAGCGGACAAUUAUACAGACUUCAUACAAGUUGCCAGGAAUCCUCCGAUGGUAUGAGGCCAUUAGUACACGUGUGGUACAGCUGACCCCGGUGCAGACAGCUACAGACACAGUCAUACAGAUGAAUGCCGAGCUGAGGUCCAGCACAGAGAACGCUCGCCUGAACCCUGACCAGUUCCUUCGACAUCUGGAGAUGCGACUGCAAGGGGUGAUCAGUGGUGCUGUCAAUGGCGGCAUUCCCAAAUAUCAGGAGGCAUUCUUCAAUGAGGAAUAUGUGAUCAGAUACCCAGCGGAGGCCACUCACAUUGAAAAGUUAAAGUCGGUUAUCUUGGAACAGAUUGAGUUGCUAGAGCAAGGUCUAACCAUCCAUGGUCAGUUUGCCAGCACAGAGAUGCAGCCCUUACACAGAAGCCUGGUGGAUAUGUUUGUCAAGAUGAGGAAAAGCAUGGGCUAUCAGAAUAUGUCUUCAUUUGGAAAGAAUCGUGUCAGUUCUGCGUCAAGUAGUUCAGGAAACCAGCGUCCCAACACACCAAGUUCUGUGUCUCAGAACUCUAGUGGAAGCAGUAGGUCAUCAGUCGUGUCUGGCUGCGAUGGCAAUUAUCCAGAAGAGGACUACAUGUAUGUGGAGAAACAACAUGAGUGUUCACAAGGUGGGCGGGAAUCGGGAACAGAAGAUUUCCCAGUGGCUAAUGCACCACCUCCACCACCUCCAAGGCAGAAGAGUUCUCCAGGUUUUAUGGAGUCCCCAAAUAUAUCAUUGUGUGAUCAGGCUCCUCCGAUACCAUCUCGGAAAAACACCAGAACCUCUUUGUCAUUUUCCGAGGAAAGACAGUCAGUUCUUUCCAUUAACAGAUCACAGUCCACAAAAUCGAUAGGUUCUGGAGAAACACUUACUCCUCCACCACCGAGACCUUCACGUGGGAUAUCUGUGUUACCUUCAGCUACCACUUCAGUUGGAAACAUUGAGGAGUCUACACAAGCUAUACCACCCAUCCCUAAUAAGAGGCAGUCAUCACCUCUUUGUAACAGAACAUUUAGUGGUAGCAGCUUGAGUAUCAGCAGCAAUUCAAGCUUGGGGUAUAACAAUUUUAGUCAUUCAACCCCCAACAAGUCUACCAACAAUCAUGAAACAAACUCAGACAAUCUGAACUUGUCUCUGCGCAAACUUCCUCAGCAAACAUUAUCCUCGUCAUCACCACAAGAAGAUGCCCCACCACCAAUUGUUGCACGAAGUUCAUUACACAAGGACAGUCCACUGUCUCCUUCCUUAGUCACUUCAUCAUCUUCCUGUGAACAAUCACCGCUGCCGUCAAGGUCUUCGUCAUCUUCCCUGCCCAGAGAACACCCAACACCACCUACUGCAACAUUGUCACCGUCGCCAGCUUAUAAAGCUUUGAAUAGUGUUCCAGCACCACAGACAGGCUCUAAUAAAGGUCCUCCACCUGUGCCGCAAAGAAAACCUUCUGUCACACAUUCCUAG